AUGGCACCACACGCAACUGACGACGGCAACAACAUGAGCUCCCAGGCGCCUAUGACGAACGGCGAGACGCCCAGCUCAAAGGCUCUUUCGCACCUCAACUCCUACCCCGUAGUCCACGACAGCGUCGAGACCUUCAAAUCCAACCCCUACGGCUCGCGCGCCCUCAACCUCGCCAGCAAUACCUACAACUCGGUCGUUGCACCCUUCCACCCCUACCUGCGCACACCAUACUCUUACCUCUCGCCCUACCUGGCGCGCGCCGACCAGCUUGGUGACUCUGGCCUCUCCACCCUCGAGACACACCUGCCCAUCGUCAAGGAAGAUACUUCAAAACUCAAGGAGUACGCGUUCUCGCCCGUCACAUAUGUGCGAAGCACCUGGGAAGACGAGUACAAGAAGACGCAUUACAACAACGGUGUUGUCAAGAUGGGUGUUGCGACAGUCAGCUUCGAGCUCAGGAUGGUGAGCGAUGCGUGCGACGUUGUGUUGGGAUACCUGAACAAGGGCAAGGAGCAGACGAAGAAGAAGGUUGAUGAGGUUAAGCAGUAG